CUUCUCUCCACACAACUCAAGCGGGACAGGACAAGACACAAACCAGUUCAAUAAAACGUGGAAGAAAAGAAGCAAAAUCCAACAAAACAUAAGAGACUUACCCAGUCCCCAUAUACUCCAGCCUCCACAGAUUCCCAAGAUGACAAACGACACAAAUCCCACCCGAGUCGACCCGAAAUCCGGUUUCGAUCCGCAAACAAAGACCUUCCGCAGCCUCCUUCCUCCCGUUCCCCUCCCGCCGCAGUCGCAGCCCCUCUCCCUCGCCCACUUCGCCCUCUCCCUCCUCCGCUCCUCCGCCGCCGCCGACGACCCAUCCUUCCUCUCCUCCACAUCCGUCCUCAUCGACAGCUCCACCGGCCGCCGCGUGUCCUACUCUCUUUUUCUCCGCCAAAUCCGCUCCCUCUCCCUCUCUCUCCUUCGCUCUCUUUCUAUCUCUAAACACCACUCCACCACCGCCUUCCUCCUCUGCCCCACCUCCCUCCACGUCCCCGUCCUCCAUUUCUCCCUCCUCUCCCUCGGCGUAACCGUCGCUCCGGCCAAUCCCCUCGGGUCGGACUCCGAAAUCGCCCAUCAGAUCCGAAUAACCCGUCCCGAGUUCGCGUUCGCCACGUCAGCAACCGCCGGGAAGCUCCCGCCGAGUCUGAAAACCAUCCUCAUUGACUCUCCGGAGUUUCUGUCGAUGCUCGACAACGACGAAGUGGUCAAUGACGACGUUUCGUGGCCGGAGGUGCGCCAAUCCGACGUGGCAGCGAUUCUUUUUUCCUCCGGCACGACGGGGAGGGGGAAGGGCGGGGCGCUGACCCACCGGAACUUGAUCGCGACGAUCGGCGGCUACCACGCGCUGCGACUGAAGUCGGCUAAGCCGGAGCCACAGCCGGUGAGGCUGGUGAUACUGCCGCCGUUCCACGUGUUCGGGUUUUUCAUGGCGGUGAGGGCGGUAUCGAUCGGGGAGACGAUGGUGCUGAUGGAGAGGUUCGAUUUCGAGGGGAUGUUGAGAGCGGUGGAGAGGUACAGGGUGACGUACAUGCCGGUGUCUCCGCCGCUCGUGGUGGCACUCACCAAGUCCGAGGUUGUCGGGAAGUACGACCUCAGCUCGCUCUGGCUGCUCGGCUGCGGCGGCGCGCCGCUUGGGAAGGAGGUGGUAGAGAGGUUCAAUCGUAAAUUUCCGAAUGUCGAGAUUACGCAGGGAUAUGGGCUGACAGAGACGGCGGGAGUAGGGAGCAAGAUGGUGGAGGAGUGGGAGACGCAGAGGAUUGGUUCGGUGGGUAAAUUAGCUGAGAACAUGGAGGCUAAGAUUGUUGAUCCUGCUACUGGUGAAGCAUUGCCUCCUGGUCAUCAAGGGGAGCUCUGGCUGCGAGGCCCAGCAGUCACGAAAGGUUAUGUUGGCGAUGAAAAGGCAACGGCCGAGACCUUUGACCCCGAGGGAUGGCUAAAGACCGGCGAUCUUUGUCUAUUUGACUCCGAGGGGUUUCUCUACAUUCUCGACAGAUUAAAAGAACUGAUCAAAUACAAGGCGUAUCAGGUUCCACCUGCUGAAUUGGAACAUUUACUCCAGUCUCACCCUGAUAUUGCUGAUGCUGCUGUAAUUCCGUACCCGGAUGAAGACGCAGGCCAGAUACCCAUGGCCUAUGUAGUAAGAAAGCCUGGAAGCAAUAUCAAUGAAGUUCAAGUUAUGGAUUUUGUAGCGAAAAAGGUUUCUCCUUACAAGAAGGUAAGGCGAGUAGCGUUUAUCAACUCCAUUCCGAAAACUCCGGCGGGGAAGAUCUUGAGGAGGGAGCUGAUCAGUCAUUCUUUGUCUAGUGGUACGGCUAAGUUAUGAUCAAUUUUUUGUUCAGAAGUUAAGGGUAACGUUGUUAAGAAUUGCCUGGGAAGCACUUGUCGGAAAAUUACUUAUCAGAGUUUCACCAAAAUCUUAUGGCAAGUUUCCAAAGAAGAUCAUCCUUGUAAUGUAUCUAUGUCAUUAUUUUUUG